AUGCUGGAUUCUCAGGUACUCUACCCAAUCCGAUGGAUCGGUGGUCUUCACUGGGCCACUGUUCUUGGUACGGUAGUAGAUCAUCUCUCCAUCUGGACCCUCCUCACUGGCCAACCGGAUAUUCAUAUCAUUAUCGAAGAAGAACUGGGGGAAUCUUCGGUUUCUAAGCACCAGAGUCAACUCAUCGGUACGGCAAUUGAAGGCGUAAAUGUUGUGAAGUGCCGGGUUCUCAUCGUUCAUUCCGACGAGAAUUGUGUCCGAGAGAAGGUUGUUCACCAUGAUUACUCCUUUCACCAUUGGCUUGUCGCUGAUGACGACACGGGCGGUUUUGUCGGCGGCGAUGGCGGUCUGGAACAGUUUGAGAUGGUUUAG